ACCGGGUCGGACUUUGAAUAUUAUUUGGGCCCAAAUAUUUGUCAUUUUGUUCGAAAAAUCAAAUAAUUUGAACGUAAUCCGGGUCAAAUGUGGAGCCCCGAUAAAUUACUCUCCCGCCCCCAAACCCAAAAACUGUGCUCAUUUCUCCAUCUCGAUUACUCCUCCUUCAAAUUUCUGAUUUCUUAUCCAGCUGCUUCUGCUGAAAUUAAUUUUAUUUCUCCUCGGCGCUGCUUCAGAUUGAUCGUGGUUUUUCUGUUGUUGAUUAUUGCGGAUAAGCUCGGAUUUAUUUGAUUUGUUUAGUGUUGGAUUUGUUGUUGCCGGAGAUGGCGUCGGGAUCGGCGACGGCGAACAAAAUCGAGAGGGCGCACCAGAUGUACAGGGAUGGCAAGUACCGCGAUGCACUGGAUUACUACACGGACGCGCUUUCCAUGGCCAAGACGAAACCCCAGAGGAUUGCCCUCCACAGCAAUCGCGCCGCGUGUUAUCUUAAACUCCACGAUUUCAGUAAGGCGGCGGAAGAAUGCACGUCAGUGCUAGAGCUCGAUUACGAUCACACAGGAGCAUUGAUGCUGAGGGCUCAAACUCUGGUUACACUAAAGGAGUAUCAUUCGGCACUUUUUGAUGUCAGCCGCCUCAUCGACUUGAAUCCAUCAUCAGAAGUGUAUAGAAACCUUCAAACCCGUCUGAAGACACAAUUGUCACUUGCUCCGAUACCCGAAGAAGAAACAGAGUCUGAAGAAGAAGAAGAAGACCAUUACACGGACGAAGCAAAAUUGGAAGAAAACGAGAAAAAACAAGAAGACAGUUAUAACAAUGCGGAAGAAUUCGAAAGUCGAGAAAAUGAUGCUAGUGAAUCUCAAAACAUAGUUCCGAUAACCGAAAAUGUAGCCUCCCAAAGUCAAACCAGUCGAAAGACAACAACUGAUGAUCAGCAGACCACAGGGUGGAAGACAAUUCCGAAACCGAAGGGGCACUCCAAUCUAGACUAUUCCAGGUGGGACCGGGUUGAAAACGACUCGAGUGACGAAGACGAUGACGAGGACGAUGAUGACAGCGACGAUGAUGACAGUGCCCGACCUCAGUACAGGUUUCGUGUCAAGACUGUUGGUGUGAGGGCGGUGAAAUGAUAUAUAUACAUAUAUAGUUGAUCGCUCGAUUUGAGCGGUAACAAAAGCUAUCACUCGAUGAAGAAAAAGCCAAUGGUUUGUUAUGUUGUAUGAAUUGCCGUGGGACUGUGCUAACACGUAUGACGGUAUGUGUGCCCGUUUUCAGAAGUUUCCGGAAGGAAAUUAUGUGUGAUAAUGUUACCAGCGCACUUGAGUUGUUAUGAACUACAUACUAGAGAUCUCAAUUCUCAAAGUUUUGAAUGUAAUAUGAGUGUAAACUAUUAAGACUUGAUUUUUUUUCCUAUUUUAAUAUAAUAUUUAGAAUUCUUUAAAAAAAAUUA